AUGGAGUUCCUCGUCCGUUUCGGCCAGCUGCAUGAGUCCUUCCGUGUUCCCGAGCUUCAGGCUCUGGCCGUGGCCGAGGAUGCUCCCUUCGACGUUGUGUCGUAUGACCCGGAGAAACCUUUCUGUGUCAUCCGUGCCCGUGAUGCACAAGCUGCCGUCCGACUCGUCCACCGCUCCAUCCUGACCCAGUCUGUAUACGAGUACUGGGGCGGCGGCGGCUCUCUGGACGAGCUCCACCAGUCCGUCAAGGCAAAAUCCUCACAUCUAUGGGAGCGCUACAGCAAGGGCUCGUGGAAAUUCAGCAUAGACUCCUUUCAGGGCUCCCGGACUGCAGAUGAGCGGCGGGACAUGAUCAACACCUUCCGCUACAUGCCCCUCCAUGGGCCCAUCAGGAUGAAGGAUCCGGACCACGAUUACACCAUCUUCGAGGAGUGGCCGAUUGAUCCCACGCGCAUGUCAACGCCGCCCCCCACGCGCUACCACUUUGGCCGGUUCCUCGGCAAGGGCGGCCGCGAUCUUGUGAAGAAGUACGAUCUCAAGAAGAGACCCUACAUCAGCACGACGUCCAUGGACUCCGAGCUCGCCCUCGUCACGGCGAACAUGGCCCUCGCGGGUCCCGGAAAGAUCUUCUACGACCCCUUCGUGGGCACUGGCAGCUUCCCCAUCGCCUGCUCGGCCUUUGGCGCCAUCAGCUGGGGCAGUGACAUCGACGGACGGGCCGUGAGGGGCUCUGGCCACGAUUCCCGCGCAGAGGCCAAGAGGAGUCUCGUCAAGGGCGAGAAGACUCUGCGCGGGAAUUUCAAAAACUACGAGCUCCUUGGUAGAUUGGGCGACAUCUUCACAUCCGACCUGACCAACACGCCACUGCGGCGUCUACCAUUCGGACGUGGCGGUCCAGGCGGUCGUGCGCGACUGUUCGACGGCAUAGUCUGUGAUCCUCCCUACGGUGUAAGGGAGGGCCUCCGUGUCCUCGGCUGUCGAGAUCCAGAGAGCACGCCCUGGGUGGUUGAGGCAGGCUACACGAAGUACAAAGAUCCGGAUUUCAUUGCGCCCAAGAAGCCAUACAGCUUCCUUGCCAUGCUCGACGAUAUCCUGCAAUUCUCAGCAGAGACGCUCGUCGAUGGGGGUCGGCUCUCCUUCUGGAUGCCCACCGCCAACGACCAGGAUCAGGAAAUCGGGGUGCCGACACACCCUUGCCUGGAGAUCAUUACCAUCUGUGUGCAGCCAUUCAACAAGUGGUCACGCAGGCUAAUCACAUACCGCAAGCUGCCCGAUGAGUCCGUCAGCCUGACAGACCUGGAGGCGUGGGAGGUCAGAGCAGGUGCCCAGCACGCUGGAGUGACAGCAGAGGAACUCAACCCUUUCAGAAAGGGGUACUUUAACAAAUUUCAAAAAGAGACGCCACCUUGA